AGCAACAAAAUGAAGCCCUUAAAACUCUCUUACUGCCCGGUGGAGCAAAAACCAUGUGUUAGAUGGGUGGAGAAAUACUUCAAGGACUGUCUCUGCAACCUCAAGGAUGAAAUCUCAUUUGCUUUCGGAAUAGCAAGUCUGGUCUGUUGGGCUGUAGCAGAAAUUCCUCAGAUCAUCACCAACUUCAAGAGCAAAUCUGCCGAUGGAGUCUCCCUUGCAUUUAUCUCCACUUGGAUUGUCGGCGACGUGUUCAACCUCGUCGGUUGCAUUCUGGAGCCAGCCACGUUACCUACCCAGUUUUACACGGCAGUGUUGUACGCAGCAACGACAGUAGUACUGGCAUUGCAAUGUAUAUACUAUGACCAUAUCAUCCGGAUAUGGAAGGGCCGUAAAACCAAAGUAAAUAAGGACGAUAACGAGAGGAGUGCUUUAAAACAAAAUCUACAUGAUCGAAGUGGUAGAGAUAGAAGAAAUGCUCCGAUUGAGGUACCUCGUCGGAGGGACUUCCAUUUCAGGUCAGCUAGGUCUUUGGCUGGAAGUGAUACUCCUCCAAUCCAGUCUUACAUAAAGCCAAAGAGCGGUCCACCUGCCCUUGAGCACCAAAGCGAGUCCUCAUCUGAAGACGAAGAAGCAAUCCCACCAGAAUUCUACCAAAGACCAGUCAGUCAACCUCGCCUCAUUCCAGGGCCUGCGGGAUACGGGACAUUUCUUGCGGCUUCUGCCUACAUUCCAAGAGGAAGUAAGGCUUCCCAGCUGAACUUUGUUGGGAGGAGAUUACUAGAGGAAAAAUAUGAACUUCACGGCAGAGCAUAUGGACAAUGGCUUGGAUGGUUGAUGGCUGCCAUAUACAUGGGCGGACGAAUUCCCCAGAUUUGGUUGAACAUUAAAAGAGGAAGUGUGGAGGGCUUGAAUCCUCUCAUGUUCCUGUUUGCACUCAUUGCUAAUGCUACUUACGUGGGAAGCAUCCUGGUGAGAAGCACUAAACGGGAGAAGAUACAACCAAACAUGCCUUGGUUGCUAGAUGCUGUAGUGUGCGUGGCGCUUGAUCUUUUCAUCAUCCUUCAAUACAUUUUCUACCGUUUUAUCAAGCGGAAGAAGAGCCAGAGAUCUGAAGAACACUGUGAAGACUGUGGAACCAAGCUACAAACCUAAAGCGACAUCUUGGCUUAGCUUAGAAGUACUUUGGACCGUCCAAUUGUCAAUGCAUUAUUGUUGUAUUCUAUAUAUAUA